CUUUCCCAUUUAAAAUGUUUCUGAACUCAGCAGCCUCUUUUGUCACACAAAACGCCUUUGUCAGAUUUCCCCACGGCAAAUGGCCGCCUCCACAGUCAUCAUUGUCUUCUUCUUCUUCAUCGUGUCAAUGGAGCAGCACUGUUAACCAUGGAGGAAAGGGGAGCCCAAGCAAGGGCAGCAGCAGCGUAAUUAAUCGACAGCAUAAUAAAAAUCAUAAAGUAAUUAGAGCGGUGAUCAACAUUAAUACGGCUGAGAAUAACGCGGUUCCGGACAACCAGCUGAUUUUAGCAUUUGAUGAGCAGAAGCAAAAGCAGCAAGGUCUUGGAAUUGACAAGUUCCUGAGUGGGAAGACUUGGUUCAUCACCGGUGCAACUGGGUUUGUUGGUAAAGUUCUGGUGGAGAAGAUACUGAGGUCCAUCCCCGACACAAGGAAGAUAUACCUGAUGAUAAAGGCUAAAGACACUCAAGCCGCCCUGCGUCGCCUGAAAACUGAGAUAAUAGAAGCAGAGGUGUUCAGCGUGCUGAAGGAAGAAUAUGGGGAGUCCUACGAGAGUUUCAUGCUCGCGAAGUUGGUCCCCGUGCCUGGAAAUUUGGCCGAAGCUCCUGAACUUGGAAUCCAUCCGGACACUGCUGAUUUGGUCGCCGGAGAAGUGGAUCUCAUCGUCAACUCCGCCGCCAACACAACUUUCGACGAAAGGUAUGAUGUUGCAAUUAAUACCAACACCAGAGGAGCAACCAACCUUAUGAGAUUUGCCGACAAGUGCCAUAACCUCAAGCUCUUCAUGCACAUCUCCACAAUAUACGCGAACGGUGGGAGAAGCGGCAGAGUAAUGGAGAAGGCAUUCAGCGAGGAAGACGUUACUACCACAGCAGCAGCACUGGACGUCGCAGCAGAAAUUCAACUGGCUUUAACUCACUCUGCUGCUACACCAGCUGCCGACCACCUCAGAAGACUGGGCCUUGAAAGGGCCAGAAAAUUUGGGUGGCACGAUACUUACACCUUCACAAAAGCCAUGGGAGAGAUGAUGUUGGGGGAUUACAGAAAAGACAUCAAAGUGCCCAUUGUUGUACUCCGACCGAGUAUCAUUGAAGGCAGUUAUGCGCAUCCAUUUCCCGGCUGGAUUGAAGGAAACAGGAUGUUAGAUCCCAUUUCUCAGAAUUACUGUAAAGGCCGAAUGACAAGUUUUCCCGGACAUCCUGAUUCCAUCGUUGAUGUGGUCCCCGUCGACAUGGUAGUAAAUGCAGUAUUGGCAGCAGUAACUCGUCAUGGCGCCGCGGCGGUAACCAACAGCAGUAACAACAUGGUGAACGUAUACCAAAUAGGUUCGUCGGUCUCCAAUCCAAUGACCCUGAGUGAGCUCUUCACACUGUACUACCUUCACUUUGAUUCUUCCCCGAUUAUGAUCAACGGCAAACCCAUUCGCCUCAGUAGCCCGCUCGAUAUUUGUAACUCCAUUGAUGAAUUCUCCUCCGCCCUCCACCCGCCGGACAUCCCCGCCGGCUCCCGCCUCGGCCGGAGAUUGCGCCAGGAUGCAAUCCGUAUGGCUACUUUCUACCUGCCCUACUUGUCCUUUAUGGGAAGGUACGACUGUAGCAACACAGAGAAGCUUAUGGAAGAGAUGUCGGAGGAGGAAAGGGCAGAGUUUGGGUUUGAUGUGAAAAAAAUCGAUUGGAGACAUUACAUUGCUCAGGUGCACCUCCCUGGCUUAAGGAAGCAUGUCAUGAAGGAGAGACUACCGGCAAAAGCACAUGUUUGAUUAUACAUUCAUAAGCUGAUCUUCCCGACAGGAAGAAGAGAGUGUUCGGUCUUGGUGUAUUUGGGACCACAACCUCAACUCCCAUACAUACAAGUUUUACUAUGGGCGGACAUGUAUGUGAUUUUCACCCAUUGAAUUCACAUUGGAUUUGUUUAGUCAUGGACUUCAUGAAUUGAUCACUUGUGUUGUGAAUAUAGGCAACCCAUUUAAAUUAGGAAAUGAAACUCCUAACAAUUUCCCACUUAGGCUGUCUAAUUUUCACAAACACUUAUAUUAUGAAAUUCUUUAGGCACGCAA